AUGUUCACCUUCACCCCAUUGCUUGGGGCGCAAUCCUCCGACUCCAGGGCAUCGCAGUCUAUUCUUGAGCUAGACGGUGGCAUCAAGAUCCUAAUUGACGUUGGCUGGGAUGAUUCUUUUGAUACUCGGGAUUUAGCAGAGCUUGAGAAGCAUAUCCCUACACUUUCACUGAUUCUCCUCACGCAUGCAACUCCAGCUCAUAUCGGCGCUCUAGUCCACUGCUGUCGAACCUUUCCUCAAUUCACCCAGAUCCCGAUCUAUGCGACAAGUCCUGUCAUCGCAUUUGGUCGCACUUGCUUGCAAGACCUGUACGCGUCAUCGCCACUGGCAGCAACCUUUCUAUCAAGUUCUUCAAUCUCAGAGCCGGGCGCAUCAUCAGCAUCUUCAGUGGUUGGCUCGACUGCCGAGUCACACCAAAACGCCGAAGCAACAGGUAGCUCAGGUCGGAUCCUACUGCAAGCGCCUACAACCGAAGAAAUCGCCAGAUACUUCUCACUUAUUCAACCUCUGAAAUACUCGCAACCUCACCAACCUCUUCCGUCACCCUUCUCGCCGCCUCUUGACGGCCUCACCCUUACCGCCUACAAUGCCGGACACACGGUCGGAGGAACGAUAUGGCACAUCCAACAUGGGAUGGAGUCAAUUGUCUAUGCUGUGGAUUGGAAUCAGGCCCGAGAAAGUGUCGUGGCUGGAGCUGCGUGGUUUGGUGGCUCAGGAGCAAGCGGCACAGAAGUCAUAGAGCAGCUGCGGAAACCGACCGCUCUGAUCUGCAGUACGAAGGGAGCUAGCAAGCUAGCAGUGUCUGGUGGUCGGAGGAAGAGGGACGAUCUGCUCCUUGACAUGAUCCGGAGCAGUUUGGCAAAGGGCGGUACCGUCCUUAUUCCAACUGACACGAGCUCACGUGUUCUCGAGUUGGCUUACGCACUGGAGCACGCCUGGCGCGCUGCAUCGAGUGAUGACAAAGGGGAUGUUCUCAAAGGCGCGGGCCUCUACUUGGCGGGUAAAAAGGUGAACACAACCAUGCGACUCGCCAGAAGUAUGCUUGAGUGGAUGGACGAAAAUAUUGUUCGGGAGUUCGAGGCGGCAGAAGGUGUUGAUGGUGCGACAGGCCAAAAGGCCGGCGGGCAAGGACAGGAUAAGGGAGCCGGUAAAGGCGUUGGUCCCUUUACAUUUAAACAUCUCAGAACAGUCGAACGCAAGAAGCGUCUCGAAAAAAUCCUUGCUCAGGAAGGGCCCAAGGUUAUCCUCGCCUCUGACACCUCCCUGGCCUGGGGAUUCUCCAAGGAGUCCCUUCGGCAAAUCGCAGAUGGCCCUAACAACUUGAUCCUCUUGACCGAGUCAUUCCGCAAAGAGACGUCAGGAGAGAGCAAGGACCCCGCAACUUCAUGCUCGCUCGGGGCCAUGAUAUGGCAGUGGUAUGAGGAAAGGAAAGAUGGAGUUGCGCUCGAGCAAGGACCAGAUGGAGAAUUGCUGGAGCAGGUACACAGUGGCGGGAGGGAGCUGACGUGGACAGAGGUGCAGCGUGUACCUCUCGAAGCGAGAGAUCAAUUGCUCUAUCAGCAGUAUCUGGCAACCAAGCGUCAACUCCAAGAUACGUCUCAAGCCCGAGGACAGGAGAAUCUGGAGAAUGUCGCAGACGCACUAGAUGAUCGGUCCAGCUCCACUUCCUCCGAGGAGUCCGACUCCGAGCAACAAGGUAAAGUCCUGAACUUUUCAACCACUCUGGCACACUCAAAUCGCAGCAAGUUAGCCUUGACGGAUGAAGACCUCGGUAUUAACAUACUGUUGCGGCGCAAAAACGUUUACGAUUACGAUGUGCGAGGCAAGAAGGGUCGCGAGCGUAUGUUCCCGUAUGUCACUUCACGCAAAAGAGGCGACGAGUAUGGAGAGUUUAUUCGGCCAGAAGAGUAUCUUCGUGCGGAGGAGCGCGAGGAGAUCGACAUGCAGCAAAGACGGUCCGAGGCGAAUACUCGACCGGGACAGAAGCGGCGAUGGGAUGAAGCCGCUGGCUCUGGUGCUCGACAGUCGAAUGAUCAUGCGGGUUCCCGAAAGCGCCAGCACCCCGUUCGCGACCAGAAUGGUGCCGAGGAUGAACUGAGUCUUGCAUCGGAGGGCGAAGCAGCUGAACUGGAGGGGUCGUCGGAAGACGAGACCGAUGCACAGUCGUUUGAAGGGCCCGCAAAAGCUCUUUAUCGCAAAGAGACAAUUAUCAUCCAUGCUCGUCUCGCCUUUGUUGAUUUCAUGGGUCUGCAUGAUAAGCGGAGCUUGGAGAUGUUGAUCCCCUUGAUUCAGCCGCAAAAAUUGAUCCUGGUUGGCGGCAUGAAGGGUGAAACUUUGGCUCUGGCUGAAGAGUGCAAAAAGCUGCUCACAGUAAAGGCAAGCCCUGGUUUUUCCGAUAUGCACGAGGACGCUGCCGCAAUUAUCUUCACUCCAGCCAACGGAGAAGGCAUCGAUGCUAGUGUUGAUACCAAUGCUUGGACUGUUAAAUUGAGUAACAGCCUGGUGAGACGUCUACAUUGGCAGCAUGUUCGGAGCCUCGGCGUCGUGGCUCUCACCGCCCAGCUUCGCGCAGCUGAAAGUCUAGCAGAUGGUCAAAUUACUGAUGCUGAUCCUGCUGGGAAGAAGAUCAAGCUGACAGAGGAUGAUGCAGCGGUGUCUUCAGAGGUCCCAUCCGCUGGUGUCCCCUUCACUGGCACUGAUGAUAGAGUUGUCGAAAAAUCAGACCUUGUUCCUCUGCUUGACACAUUGCCCGUCAGCAUGGCAGCUGGAACGAGAUCAAUGGCUCGCCCCCUCCACGUCGGCGACCUCCGACUUGCUGAUCUUCGGAAGCUCAUGCAAGCGGCCGGGCACACCGCAGAAUUUCGAGGCGAAGGCACCCUUCUCAUCGACAAAUCCGUUGCGGUGCGCAAGUCGGGCACUGGCCGGAUCGAAGUUGAGGCGGCUGCUCAAGCAGCUACGAAUCAGGCAGCGAUGGGCCGCAGUGCUGGAAGCUUCCUGGCCGUGAAGAAGAAGAUCUACGAAGGUCUAGCUGUGGUCUCAGGGAACUAG